CUUUAAAUCGACAGCCAUAACAAAUUCCUCGCAGCUCAUAUCGGCCUAUCGCGCAAGCGAAACCCCUAGCUUUCUCUCCUUCACCGCCGGCAUCCACGCCGCCGCCGCCGUCCGCCUGUAAGAACCAAGAGGGGGAGGAUGAGGGUGAAGAGGCGGUCGAGGCACCGGAAGGUGGUCAAGUUCUACUCCACCUGCUUCGGCUUCCGCGAGCCCUACAAGGUGCUCGUCGACGGCACCUUCGUGCACCACCUCCUCCUCCACCGCCUCCUCCCCGCUGACGACGCCCUCCGCGAGCUUCUCUCCGCCUCCAGGCCGCCGCCGCUCUUCACCUCCAAGUGCGUCCUCGCCGAGCUCAGGCGGCUCGGCAAGUCCCACUCCGAGGCCUUCGACGCCGCCCAGCUCCUUGCCACCGCCAGUUGUGAGCAUGACAAAGUGGUCAGUGCAGUGGACUGUAUCCUGUCACUGCUAGGCGAUAAGAAUCCAGAACACUACUUUGUUGCCACCCAGGAUUCCGAUCUCCGGGCAAAAUUACGGGAGGUUCCUGGUGUUCCUGUGAUAUACGGUCUGAAGAACUCCUUGUUUAUUGAGCAACCCUCCAUGCAGCAACGUAAGUUUGCUCAGUUGGAUGAGGAGAAGCGUAUAAAUAUGGAGAAGUCAGAAUAUAAGAAGCUACUGAAGGCCACAUCAGAAGGGAAGACAUCUGGUGACGCAACCACACAGGGAAUGGCAGAGAAAAGCAAGUUUAAAAGGAACAGAGCAAAGGGCCCCAACCCACUCUCCUGCAAGAAAAAGAAACCAAAGGCCCAACCUUCAGCAGCUCAAAAUCAGGGUUCGCAGGCUGAUGGCGAGGCGAAGAGAAAGAGGGUCAGGAAGCGGAAGAGAAGCGGCGAAAAAAGCAAUGGAACAGAAACAUCGAGCUAAUGAUUUGCAAAACAGCAAUGCAGUUGUUGCUCUGGCUUCAAUCCAUUUGUUGUUUUUGCACACAUGCUAUGUAGGAGUAUGUCGAUGGUGUUUUUUGCAAAUGUAAUACUACAUCAUGGUUGUAUGUUAUGCCUCGCCGCUGCAGGAAGCAGGUCUUUUACAUACCAAUGAAUGCUGCUUCUAUUAUCAGGUAUUUUAUCAAAGGAUCACCAACUUAGUGGAUAA